AUGGCUUCGAUCCCCGCGGAUGCACUGACCCGUCCGGCCGUGCUGGCACCGGCCAUACUCCUUAUCGGUUAUGUUCUAUACCAGCUUUUCCGGCCCUCCGGACUCCCCGACGUCCCCAUUGUCGGCGCGAGACCCGGCGAGUGGUUCCCACUCUUGCGGGCCAAGUGGCGCAACACCAAGGACAUGAAGACCGCUGCCGAAGUAGCCUACGACCUAUAUCGAGACCAAACGGUCGUCUUUCCUAUCGCCGGCGCGAAGAACUUCGUACAACUGCCAGCCAACCAACUACAAUGGCUUGUCGACCAGCCCGACUCCGCGCUUGAUCUGCAUGCGCAAGUCCUUGACUCGCUACAGCUCGACCAUACCGUCAUGGACCCGCGCCUUAUCCACAACCCCAUCCACCAGAAGUUGAUCUCCACCGUUUUGACCCGCGAGACUGGUAACUUGGUUCCGACGCUGCUGGACGAGACCCAGUUCAGCGUUGACCGCUUCUGGGGCACCGAUACCGAGAACUGGAGCGAGCUCUGCGUCUACGAUGUCAUGCGCCGCAUCAUCGGACAGGUUACGAACCGCGUCUUUGUUGGCUUACCGCUAUGCCGUAACCAAGAUCUUUUGGAUGCCGGGCUGGCAUACGCGCAGGAUAUACCGAUGAGCUCUACGGCGCUGCGAUUCAUAUGGAAGCCGGUACGCCCGCUCGCGGCGCUAUUUGUGACGUUGCCCAACCGCAUCCACACGAACAAAUUCUACUCCAUCAUCAGACCGGAAGUUGAACGGCGGUUACGCGAUUACGACGCGCGGCGAACCGAUCCGGAGACCAAGGCCGCCGACAAGGAGUCCAACGAUUUCUUGCAGUGGUCUGUCAACCAGGCCAAGGCCUCCGGCGACCCGUACUUGGCGAAGGUUGACACCUUAUCGGGUCGUAUCCUGCUACUCAACUUCGCGUCUACCCACACAUCGAGUUUCGCCAUGACGCACGCCCUCCUGGAUCUCGCUUCCUCUAAAGCGGCCUAUUUCGACGAGCUCCGGACUGAGAUCAAGACCGUACUUGCGGAACACGGUGGCGAGUGGAAUAAGCGCGCCCUGGCGGCUAUGUCGAAGUUAGACAGCGUGUUGCGAGAGUCUCAACGCCUCAACUCGUUUGUGUCGUUAGCUACCGUCCGCGCCGUCGUUCGAAAGAGCGGCAUCGACACCCCCGACGGCGUUCACCUCCCCCACGGCACGGUCGUGUGCGCGCCCUCGUACCCCGUCUUCCACGACCCGGCCGUGUACCCCGAACCCCACGAAUUCAAGCCCUUCCGAUUUGCGGAUAAGCGCGCCGUCGAUCAAGUGGUAGAGAAGGGAGAGAAGGAAACGACGUACGUUCAGAGAGCGAGACUCGCCUUCGCCACCACGAGUCCCGAGUACUGCGCCUUCGGCCACGGACGACACGCGUGUCCCGGCAGGUUCUUCGCGGCGAGCGAGUUGAAGCUAAUGCUCGCGUACCUCAUCCUCAACUACGACUUCGAGAUCCGCGAGAAGCGGCCGGAGAACUUCUGGUUCGGUAUGAAUAGGAUACCCCCGAUGAAGGCGACUAUUAGGGUCAGGAGGAGGAAGGGGUCUGUGUGA